CCGUUCGUAGACUAUGGCUCCGGCAGGUUCACGUAAUGUCAAACAGGGCUGCAAGAGAGUUCUCUAUUGGAUUCCGGUUCUAUUCAUCGCACUCAUAGUGGCUUGGUCGUACUUCGCCUACGUUGUCCAGCUUUGUUUGGGUAAGAAAAUGCCUAUUUGGUCACUGGGUGUGCAUGAAGGGGAGUGAGCGUGCAUUUGUUUGAGACCUUGAUGUUGAAUAUGAACAAUGAGGGACUUUUUGUCAUGUGUCCAAAAUGAUAUUGUCUAAAAAUAUUGUGGAUUAAGUGAUUCAAAAUUCACAUGUGGACAUGACAGUUAAACCACCAUUUUGAAAUGCAUACAUUUUUUUGGGCAUUGUUGUUUACAGUUUUUUUUUGUUUUUUUUUUUAAAUGUCAUAAUGAUACAGUCCUCGUUUUAACUAUGUAAACAUUUGAAUAUUUAUUGUCAUUUUAAUGUCAGUGAAAUAAUCUGUAAUCUAACAAGUACAGCAUUAUGCAUUGACAAAAAUGGAGCAAUUCCUGUCUCGUUUGUACUCUAGUCAUCAGGACAUUAAUUGAUAGAGUGUACAAUGAGUUCCUAAAUCUAACACAGUUGUCCUGCACAGUAUGGCAAAUGGGUAUAUAAACAGUAUAAAUAUGAGAGACACAUGCAGAGUAAACACACUCAAACACUGACCCAGACAUAGGGAUUUAGAGUCGUGGAAUUAAUUUCUUGAGUUUGAAGAUGACUUGUUUUAAGUGUUAGUCAUGGGAGAGGGUGACAUUGUUUAUGCAUGGGGUAGGACAAAAAGUAUGUUUUCCAUCUAAUGGAAUAACUGGCAAAGCUGUGAUGGAUUCGGUCACAUGGGGCAGCCUGAUGAGAACAAGAGGACAGGACAGUGGCUUGCAUGUGCUCCGCAAAGAGACACUGAGACAGUUGUGUGAAUCUAGAGUCAGCUGACACUCUCGUUCAGCAGCUCAGUUAAUCCCAUUGUCGGGUUUAUAUAAUUCACCUCAAGCAAUCUGCGGUUGACCCACUUUGUUUUUUUUUUUUUUUUAAGCAACCAACAUCUGCUUUUGAACAGACACUCACACCAUCUAUUUGCAAGAUGUGUCAAUUGUUGAAAAUGUACACUACACUCUUUUAAUAAAAGUAUGAGAAUAUGUUAUUAUUAAAUGUAAAAAAUAUAUUAUAAAUUAUUUAUAAUUGUUGUAAAAUUAUUCUACCCCUAUCAAACAAAGAAAUUUGUCAGCAACACAAAUAUUCAACACUAUCAAAUCUUAUUUUACCAACUCACCAAAUCUGCACAAGUACAUGAAAAAUAAAUGCUUUAAUUUGUGGAUAAAGUAUUUUUUUCCGCCAUUUUUUUUUUAAUUUUUAAACAUUCAUUGUCAUCCAUCUGUUUUAGUUUCAUGAUGAUGUGGUAAAACCUGUUUACAUAGAGUAUGUUGAACAAGAAUGAAAUUUAGAAAAAAAAACAUUUUGGGGGGGUUAACCAUCAUGAUUACAAUGUUGAUUGAAAUUAUUGUGAUUGUCAUUAUAGCCAUAAUCAUGCAGCCCUAAGAGCCUAUUUCAUUGUUGGAGAUGCUGCCAUGAUCGCGGCGAGGGAUCAGUUGUUAUGACGCAGGAGACUAAAAUUUUACUUUUGCCUGGAAUUUGUGUCAAUAUUUCUGUGAUUUUCAAAAAAAAUAAUAAAAACACAAAGAAAAAAGAAAAAAAAAACGCACACACACAGCAUCAGUCAUGAGGUUUAGUCAGUGGGCCCAAGCGUUUUCCUGUAGACUAGAGGUCUGUAACCUAUUCCAUCAAGGUCCGCUGUGGGUUAAGGUUUUCAUUCCAAACAAACAAGAGCGAUAUUUUUCACCAAUCUGGUGUUUUACAAGUGCAAAAGGUUAAUUUCCGGCAGGUGCUGCUUGUUUAGCAGAAACCUCAUUGGUUCAACUGUCUGUGCUGGAUUGGUUGGAACAGAAACCAAGACCCAAAGCGGGCCUUGAGGACUGUUUUAGAGACCUCUGCUGUAGACAUCACUUUAAAGUAGUGGGGACAUCUCUGCGACGUCUACCCAACUCAAGUCAAGUCACAUGUAUUUAUAUAGCCCUUAACCUAAAAAAAUGUCUCAGGCCCUCAGUAGACAAACAAUUACGACAUCCACUGAUCCGAACCCCCAAAAGAGAAAGGAAACCCCCCCAAAGCGAAAAUAGAAAGUCUUGGGAAGGGCCAUAAAUGCUGUGACUCCCCAUGCAGAAUGACCUACAAUGGAUGUUGAGUGAGUGGGCAAACUUUAAAAAAUUGAAUGAUGCAACACAAUCUCAUUAAUAGUCUCUGUUAUGUCUCCGAAAUGUGCUGGAGACUUGAAAAGAUUGCUAAAUUCUCAAAAGAAAUUUAACAUGUUUGAAACCACAACCUUACACAGUACAUUCUAGGAUGUAAUCCAAAAUAAGACAUUUUUAUCAGAACAUUUUUGUAUUUAUUUGCUGCCAUCUUUAUUUUGCAGUUUCAAUUGAAGACACGUGGGAAAAGGUUAUCUAUUUAAUGGUGUACCAUGUCAUCUUCAUCAUGUUUAUCUGGGCUUACUGGCAAACAAUCUUCACCAAGCCCAUGAACCCUCUGAGGGAGUUCUGCCUGUCCUACUCGGACAAGGAGCUACUGGAGCGUGAAGACAGGGUUGAGUCUCAGCAGGAGAUCCUGAGAAGAAUAGCCAAGGAGCUGCCUAUCUACACACGCACAAACUCUGGAGCAAUCCGUUUCUGUGAUCGUUGCCAGCUGCUGAAGCCUGAUCGAUGUCACCAUUGUUCAGUUUGUGAUAAAUGCAUCCUAAAGAUGGAUCACCACUGUCCCUGGGUGAACAACUGUGUGGGAUUCUCUAAUUAUAAAUCCUUCAUGCUGUUUUUGGCAUAUUCGCUGCUGUAUUGCCUUUUUAUAACUGCUACAGACCUACAAUACUUUAUUAAAUUUUGGAUGGCUGGGGGUAAAGCCCAUUUUCGUCUGAAAGAAUACCUGAAUGGCUUUCCAGACACUCAGGCCAAGUUCCACAUUCUGUUCCUCUUCUUCUCUGCCUCCAUGUUCUCAGUCAGCCUCGUGUCUCUUUUCAUCUAUCACUGCUGGCUUGUCUUCAAGAACAGAUCUACUCUUGAGGCUGUUCGUGCGCCAGUGUUUCGCCAUGGAACGGACAAGAACGGAUUCAGUCUGGGCUCCAGUAAGAAUUUUCGUCAAGUCUUCGGCGACGAAGUCAAAUAUUGGCCUUUUCCUAUUUUCUCCAGUUUAGGGGAUGGUUGCUCGUUCCCAACAUGCCUGGUGAAUACUGACCCUGAGCAACCCUCUUCGCCCAACAGCUACAACCCUACACAAAAAAGUAAUGCAGAGGGUCGCCACUUUUCCUUCAAGCCAAUGAGGGAGAGUCAAAGUCGAUUGCUCAGCAGUACCGCCUCGUGGAGUGAAAGUGAAAUUGCGGCAGAUGACAAGAAUGGCGCUAAUAACCCGCUAAUGGCUGCAGAAAAUGAGGCAUAGGGACACAGACAUUUCCAGAAAUGUCAGUGCUGCUUCCUUCUCUGUGGGAUGUAUCACAAAGGUGACAUCACUUGCAUAUAUUCCCGACAUCUAAACACAAGUGUCAACUUCAGUGUCAGCAGCAAGUCUGUUGCUGUUUGAAGAGUUGUGGACUUUCAUAACAAAGUGUAAUAAUUCUCUAUUUGCAUUCCAACAAUCUUGAUGUCCUUUUGAUGUAUGUGAGAAAGCACAGAGAGGUGGGGGGAAAUCAUGUAUCUAUCCUGUUGUUCCUCACUGUGUGGCAUAUGAUUAAGGUUUGCCAAAGGUUUGCACAUCAAAAGUAGGAAAUUAUGGAUCGUGAGUUGUGGCAACAGGAUUGAGAACUUUUGCAUGUGUUCAAAAGAAAUGUUUCUUUUCAAGUGUACCACAGGAUGCCUGCAAACAAACAAAAAAAGCAGUAGAAUAGUAACAAGUGUAUAUAAAUAAGGGCUAUUCACUUUUGUUGUGACAUGGGUGGAACCUGCUGGGCUAGGUUACGGUUGUCAACCUCAAGGCCCAAGGGCCAGAUCCGGCCCAUCAUAUCAGUUCCUGUUGCUGAGGGAAGCAAAUGAAGUGGCUGCUACUUGUCUCUUGCUGAACGACUUCAUUUUUCGCAUAAAAUAAUGGGUAAAAUUGAAAAGAUUUGUUCACUAAGUUUCCACAUACUGCAUACAAGAAAUAUCACCCACCAAUUCCCCUGAAAUAUUUUAGAAAACUGUUUAUAUUUGGCCAUCAUUUUAUGACUUUUGAUUUCAAAUUACUUUGGUUCCCCAAACAUUGAACACAGGGGUAAUUGUGUAUAUGAGAUGAAUAUACAUUACAUUAUUUUAAAAGUUAUAACAACCCAGAACUGCGAAAUGGAAGGCUAUAGUAAUGUUUCCAUGUUUGGCUGCAUAUGAGAACAACUGUACAGUGAGAGAACAGUUGCUCCCCGACACAGGUGUGUCUUAAUAAAGUUUAAAAUAACGGAAAGCCUUUAUUUACUGUAUUUUAAUACAAACCGUGACUCACUCUUAUAUACUGUAGAGUUACUACACACAAGUCAAAUAUUUGCUUUUUAUGUUUACACACUUGAAAUCCGAUCAUAUGAAAAUAGAAACUCAAAAAUGUAAAUGAUCAUACAGUAGAAAUGACAUGUCUAAUGCAGAAAUUGAGUAGGAAUCUGGAAAAAGAGUAAUUGAAAAAAACAUCUAUACCACUCAGAGAUUUGGCUUUUGGUUGAAAUUUCAGAGUGAAACCAAAUCAAACCUAACAUUCUUAACUUGACUUUUCCCAAAACUACUCAAUGCACACGGCAUUUAACUUUUUUCGACAAUAUUCCAAUUUAUUGACAUCUGUAGGGCCACACUCAAAUGUGGAGAAUUUGAGCUUUUUCUUUAAGCUCCAUUGUCAAGCUCUAUUUUUCUAUUAUUCUGCCCGUGCGUUUUUAUUCUGCCCGUGCGUUUAUAUGCAGUGUGGACAUGUUGUUCUUUUGUGUAACCUUUAUGACAAUAACAUUAAGGGCUUGUUAUCCAAUGUCAUUCUGCAAAUUUUCAGAAAUUGAUUCAAAGAAACUUUUCAUUAGAAACAAUUUGGGAUUUUGUUUGCAAAACAAUGUCUCGUAUCAAAUUGCAUACUCGUGUUCCUAUGGUGUGGACACAGCACGAUUCGAUUAGGAAAGCCAAAUCAACAUACAAUAUCACACCAAGGCCAGUUUGACACGAACUCCACCAAAACAAACAAAAAGUAUGCAUGGUAAAUUGUAACAAGAUGUUUGCUUUCCUUUUAUUACAACAUUAAAACUCGACAAAAGCAACUUCAAUUCAAAUAAAAUGAAUACGUACUCACAACAGUGUUUUAGCAGGAGAAACUCUGCAUGUACUUCUUCAGGUGAGUUUUCUGAACAUUUCAAUUUGGAGACCAGUGUGACACCACGUGGGCAUACAGUAUGUCUGCAAACAUUUGCUACAGUUAUCAAUAGCAUUUAUGUGCACACAAAAUCCAAUCCAACCUUAAGAUUUCUCAGAUACACACAUGCCAAAAUGUAUUAUAACGGAUUAACACAUUGUGGUGUUUGGAUGGAAACAAAUCAAACAAGCAAAGAGAUGAGCCAUGAUGAGCUCCCUUUCUGAUUUUGAGGCAAUAUGGCAAAGUGUGGUAUCUUGGCAUAUAACCGUGCAUCUUUUCUCGUAUCUGGCACAACAACUUAAAAUGUUUAAAAGGAUGUCGUAUUCUUAAGGCUGAGUUUGGCAAAAUGUUAGAACAUUAAGGGAGCGCUGCCUGUUCACAACAAAAUGGGAACGGAGAGAAAGUAACAAGGAGCAGAGACACAUUCGACACAUUCCAUAUAAAAUCAAGUGAGAGCUUUAAAGUGCAAAACAAAUCUAUAGAACAGUUUAGUAAAACUAAAAUCCCAUUUUUUUCAAGCAUGUUAAAUUACACUGAACCAACCAGAUGCCUGCACUGCUUUGCAGGAGUGAAAGAUGAAGCUCACACCAUCCCAACUGUUGUGUGUGAGAAGCCAACUGUGGAACUUUUCACUAUUAGCAAUCAUAACAAUUGUCUAAGACAAACAGAACCAAUGAAAAACAGCUGGCUAAAUGUAGCAACUCCCCCAUUCUGAUCAUCUGGUUGUCCGAGCUCAACCUCUGGGCCGCACUGGCCAUCGCAGAGUGGUACAAGUGUCAUGUCAAGACUGCUGCUUGUUAGCUUCUUCUUCAUAAGCGUUCCCCGUUCCGUUCUGGGCGUAGGCGGAUCCGGAACCAAGCCCGUACAGAUGGCCACAGUACUUUGCAUCAUCAAUAUGAUCCUCAAAGAACAUCUGGUGGAAGAACAUACACUGAGCAUUGACAACUACAAAGAACUGCACUCUCUGGAUGUACCGUUGUCUACCUUCAGUGUAGGACUGCACAUUUAUAAUGUUUUGUGCACCUUGUUCAGUCACGAGGAGGGUUUAAUUUAUUACAAACUGUGUCUUGAUAAUGGAGUGGAUUUCUUACACAGCUUUUGUGUUGGGGCUUACUGGCUUAUAUGGAGUUAUGGAUUGUGAAUGUAUAACAGCAUUAAAAGAACCAGACUUCUGCAUCUAUUAAUAAGAACAUUUAAUCUCUGCAAAAGCAUGAAAAAGUCCUUGUUUUUCUGCAAAGCGGCCUACCUCCCUCAUCUUGAAGAAAGCCAUGCCUGUGAGCAAAGAGUCAGAGCCCGCUUGAUGCUGUGGUCCGAUCCUCUCGAGCUCCAGUUGCUCAGCUACUUCCUGUAGUCCACCCUAAAUACAUACAUUACCUGUGACCUCACGUGACCAGCCACAACCUGGCUAAAUGUCAGUCUUAUACAGUGCCUUCUAUAAUUAUUGGCAUCCCUGAAAAAGAUGUUUUUUUUAA